UUCUCAGCGUCCGCGUUUCACUCAUGGCAGGCAGCUCUUCAGAGAAACUGGACCUUAUUGUCCAGAAAAUCAGACCAUUCCCUGAUUUUCCCACCGCAGGUGUAGUGUUUCGGGAUAUCUGCCCCCUUCUGAAGGAUCCUAAAGCUCUGGCUGCUGUUACAGACCUGUUCGAGGAGCAUGUCAGGCAAAAACACCCAGAGGUGCGGUUGAUUGUAGGUCUGGAUGCCAGAGGCUUUCUGUUUGGGCCUCUUUUGGCCCAAAGGUUAGGAAUAGGCUUUGCUCUGGUCAGGAAGAAAGGGAAGCUCCCCGGCCCCACAGUGUCUGUAGCGUACAGUCUCGAGUACGGCGCGGCUGAAGCUGAGAUUCAGGAGGAUGCUGUGGAACCAGGACAGAAGGUUCUACUCAUUGAUGACCUGCUGGCUACUGGGGGGACGUUGUAUGCAGCGUGUGAGCUGAUGAAGAAGCAGCAAGCCGAAGUUUUGGGCUGUUUAGUGGUGAUCGAACUGAAGGACCUCAAGGGGGCAGAAAGGCUGAAGUCAUACCCCGUCUUCUCUUUGGUGCAGUACUGAGCAGAUACUUGCUACUGCACAGGCCAUCCUGAUUCGGCUUUAAGUUUACAGUGAGGAAUAAGUACAUGUCAUUUAGACUGAAGCUUUUUUCACCGUUCAAUCUGAAAAUGAGCAGCUUGAGUAACCGUCGCUGAGCUGGUCCAUAUAUUUUUAAAGGGAAACUUUAUGCUUUGUAUGUGAUGAAAUUUUGCGUUCCAACUGUAAAUUCAACCCAGGCAACAUCUCAAGAGGAAGCAAUAUGAUUGUUAUGCAGCCAAAUACCUUAUUUACUCAUCGCUUAUUAUACUGGUAAUGUGAUUCUGAAUUAAUCAUUUCAGCUCUGUAUUAGACUUUCACGACUUCAGCAUAGCAGACAAAAAUAUGGGUAUUGUGGUCCAAUGAUGUUCGGGAUGUGUCCGAUGUCUUAGUACCACGAUGAUUCCGGGAUCACGCAUAGGUUGUGUUAGUCAAAGCCAGCAGGAGACAGAUCAGUCAAAAGUUCUUUACUUAAAACUGUUCAUACUUUGUUACAAGGACAUAUUACUUGUAUACUUUAGUGCCUUUUAUAAGCAUCUGUGUAUGUUUUGAUUUUUUGUAACUGUCCAAAUUGAUUUCAUAAGCAGUAAUUGUCUUAAUUAGACGUCUUAAAAAUCAACUGUUUCAAACAGCUUGUUUAUUGUACACUAAAGCAAAUCAAGACUC